AUGACUGCACUCCGUGACCUGCAGCUUGCUGUGUCCGGUAGACGCUCAUCCAAGGUCUGCGCACGGUGUAGGCGGAGGAAGACCAAGUGCGAUUCCGGCUACCCAUCAUGCGGUGCUUGCACAAAGGCUGGCGCCGUCUGUCGUGGCUACGACUCAAAUGGCCACCAAGAUCUACCAAGGAGUCUAGUCAAGGCGCUCGAGGACCAGGUAGCUGAACUUGAGCGGCAGGCCUCCAGUCUCCAUCAUUCGCCUGCUAAUAUCACCUUGGCGCUGACCUCAAGGCUGGCACAGGCAACAUUGCUGGCUGAUAUAUCGGGUCCCCGCCCUUUUUUCCUCUCCGAUAUCACGUCUUCGGUCUUGCUCAGACCUAGUUGCCUGCCUUUGGUUGUGUGCAAUGUGAAAAAGAUUGACGGCUCAGGCAGCAGACCCGAGGAUCAAAAUCAACAACAGCGGCUAUCAUCCACCAACCUUGGCCGCAUUCCAUACGCAGCAAUCGAGCAGAUGAUAUCCAACUAUACAAAUAUUCAUCUGCCCCAAUAUCCCUGUGUUUCGGAGCAACAUCUCUCCAAUGCAGUCAGCCGCCUUCUCAUAGUGCUUAAUGGCGAUACAGAUGCUGCUCUAAGUCUUGGGAUUCCAGCCAGCUCAGGUCUCACUCAUUACGACUACUUUAUUGUAUUUAUCGUCUUAGCAGUGUCCUCCCUGACUCUCACUUGGAAAAACGAGCACCAGGCGAGAACUGCUUCUGAUGCUUUCUUUGAUACCGCGCUGCAUCACUUGCGGCUAGCUCCUGAGGUGACGGAUAUUCAUCGACUCCAGACAUAUCUACUUCUAGCACACUACGCAAAUUUGAAUCCCAACAAGGCGGAUAACUGGAUAUGCAUCUGGAACGCCACGAGGAUUGUGCUAGAUCUAGGAUUGCAUAAACAGGCCUCAGAGGUGCUUUUGCAGGAUCAAGAAGAAGUCAGGUUCCGAAACAAGCUUCUCUGGUGUACGUACGGCAUGGAGAGAUCACUCAGCGCCACUGUCCGUCUGCCGCUCGCGUUUCCCGAAGAAGCCUCCAUCACGAUAUCACAUCAUUCAAUCUCGGACGCAGAUACGAAACACGCGUCAGCUAGUCAUCUAUAUCGAUUCCGUGCCUUGGAGACCGAGGUUCACCGUACACUGUAUCUUCAAGAUGGCUCGACUCACAGGAGCAGGUCCGAACUCAACUCCUGGAUGGUCGAUGUUACUCGUCGGCUCGACGCAUGGCUGGAAAGGGCCAAGGAUUUCUCCAAAUACCAGAUGCUGGAGUUCAGGAUGGUUCAAUACGGGCUUCUAUUAGCUAGACUAUUCCGUCCCUCGCCGAGGCUAGAAUCCCGAACACCAGAGGAGCGCGAGAAGUGCUUCGAUGCCUGUUCAAUAUUGGUUGAAGAUUACCAGCACCAAACAAAGAGGAGGCGCUUAUUCUACCCGUGGCACGGCGUCCACAAUCUUUUCGAGGCGGCCGUCAUCAUGCUCGAGUCGUGCUGGGCAUUGAGGGAUUACGAGCCACUUAGACACCGGGCCCGACAUAUACUAGCUGUCACCUUGCCUGACUGUCUAGCUCUAUUAAAUAAAGUUGGAGAAUCUUGGCAAGAUGCAGCGUUAUGUUCCGCAUACCUCAGCCCCAUCCUAGAUGAGGCAUCUCGCGCUUAUAGUGACAGAGCGCUUGCGCAAAUAGACCCGGCUCGAAUUGAGGCUGAAUGUCUAAUGACAGAAAAGCUACGGAAGUUACUCUUCCCUGAGGGACCUCUCCUGUGGGAAUCUCGCAUGUCGUUCGAGACAGAUCAGAAUAGCGCUACAGAUCCUGCUCCAUCCCUCGAACCGGUGAUGUCUGGUAUGAAGGACGUGGACUGGGAUGCAUUCUGGGAAUAUGUUCAGGAUCUCUCCCCAAUUUGGACAGACAUUCAGCCCUCAGACACUGUGAUUGUAGCUGGAUAG